CACCCCGUCCACUUCCUCGCAUUCCUUCUCCACAAACGAGUCCCUUGCGCUAAAUUGUGUUUAAAACGUGUUUUGGCGCACUCUGUGUCUUUUAAUAUGUAAGAUGUGGCUGUUAGUGGUGUAUUGCAAUAUUUUCUCAACCUCAAAUUUACAUUUGAGACUAAUUUUGGAAAACUGGAGAAAAACUGACAAGGGAAAAUUCCUCCGCGCAGCGCGCCAUUGACUGUAAAGAACUUUCAACUUAACAAAAACUGAAGUUGACAAACGUAUCCUGACGUUGAAACUUUGUUGUAAGGGUUUAUAUUUUCGAAGAAAAAGAUCAUGCACUGCUCCGAGAUUUCCAAGCACGCUGGCCGUUCAGCAAACAGGCGACGAUGCCUGGAUUGAGCCUGCGUUUUGUUAUGAUUUCCAAGUGAAAUGCAAUUACUGCUAUCUCUCACUCGGUAGUCGGUUUGUGGACUAGUGCGCUUUUUCUCUGAACUUGUUCGUCGCCUCCGGAGCAAACCAUGGAUCACUAUGAGGAAGAUUUGGGACUCCGGGCGAGUAAAUUAAUGGAGGACCUUUCCUUAUAUGAAGCAUACAAGGAUGGAAUGUACAGUUCAAGGAGGGACAUGGUUAUCAACCCCGAUUUGGAUUUUUCGUCUACAACGAUACCCGAGCAGAAAAGUAAGACAAUGAAUGGCAGCUCUGCGCCUCACCAACAGAUACACAGCGUUGAGAAUUACAUGUCUGGGAAUAAAGUGUACACUGCGGCUCCCGUGCGCCCCGUGAAUGGCAACAGAGCCGUUCCUGUGGAUUAUUGCACCCCUCAAAGAGACACAGUUUAUCCUAAUGAAGAUAGCUAUUGCACCAAAUCCGAAAUUGCUUUGCCGUGUUAUAGCGGCGCCUCCGAGCGGCACAGGAGGUACUCAUUGGAGGUGCAGGGGCAUAGGUACAGCACUGGUAGCGCGUACGAUGGACUGGUUUUGAACAAGCCAGUACCCUCACCUGGCAACAGAUGCAACAGUAUUUGUAUUACCACCAACAACGACGGCAGAUACAAUGCAACCAGCCCGCGGUCCAGUUUCGUAUCCUCCCUCUCCUCCCAGGAGCAAAGCAAACAUGCAAGCCCGAGGUCGAGCAUCAGUAGCCCGCGCACGAGUCUGUUGGUACCCGGGCAAGACAAGUACACUAGUCCCAGGUCCAGUCUGGUACACUGUGAAGGGAGCAGUGCCCUCAGCCCCCGGUCUAGCUAUGCAAGUACAGCCAGCGACACAAGUAAACAUUCCAGCCCAAGGGCCAGUCUGAACAGCUAUGACUGCUGCAGUAAGCCCAGCAGUAACCGCACCAGCGGCAUCAGUAUGGGCUACGACCAAAGGCACAUCAGCCCCAGGUCCAGCACAGCGAGCCAGUAUUCUUGUACCACCAGUCCACGCUCUAGCUAUUCAGAUUCGCGUUACAUGCCUGUGGGGAACCAUGAUCUGGAGGGUGCAGUUUUGCAUGGCAUGCCGGUGGCCAGUCCCCGGUCAAGCAUCUGCAGCCAGGACGGGUGUGCAAGACCCGGGACAAUAGCGAACUGCGUCGUUAGUCCCCGGUCCAGUAUCUCCAGUCACAGUUCCAGAAGUUCCCGGAGCUCCAGGGGAUCUAUGAGCACCUACCCAGAUCUCCCACUGCCUUCACCCAGGUCCUCAAUGCUGGGGACUGGUUUGCAGGAGGACAUACUAACACAAGAUUGUGGCGAUACCAACGGUGUUCAUAGUCGUAUCCAUCUCCAAGCGCUCUCUGGGAUGCCAGAGGCCCUGCCACAGCAUGCACCACAACAGUCAACCCAGGCAGGGAUGAACACAGGAGCCUCAGGGCAGAGGUUUAAACUACCUUACCAGGUGACCCCAUGCCGGGAAAGUGGCCCAAGCCAAGCAGAAAGGAGUCUGGAAGCACUCACCUUGGAGCUGGAGAAGGAGUUAGAAAUGCACAUGAAAAAAGAAUACUUUGGUAUCUGUAUCAAGUGUGGGAAAGGUGUGUAUGGAGCCAGCCAAGCCUGUCAGGCCAUGGGGAAUUUGUACCAUACCAACUGCUUCACCUGUUACUCCUGUGGGAGGAGGCUGAGAGGGAAAGCUUUCUACAACGUCAACGGCAAGGUCUACUGUGAAGAGGACUUCCUGUACUCUGGCUUUCAGCAGACGGCAGAGAAGUGCUUUGUAUGUGGUCACCUCAUCAUGGAAAUGAUCCUGCAGGCACUAGGCAAGUCCUACCACCCUGGCUGCUUCCGCUGUGUGGUCUGCACGGAGGGUCUGGACGGAGUACCUUUCACUGUGGACGUGGAGAACAACAUCUACUGUGUUAAAGACUACCACACGGUCUUUGCCCCUAAAUGCGCCUCAUGCAACCAGCCAAUCCUCCCUCCUCAGGGCUCUGAGGAGACCAUCCGGGUGGUGUCCAUGGACAAGGACUACCAUGUGGAGUGCUAUCACUGUGAGGACUGUGGCCUCCAGCUAAAUGACGAGGAGGGUCACCGCUGUUACCCCCUGGAUUGCCACCUGCUCUGUCACGGCUGCCACAUCCGCAGGCUAAAGGUCCCGGUGCCCACCCACCCGCCCCCCAGCUACCCACUACACGUCACUGAGCUGUGAGAGGAACCAACCCCAAACCACCGCUGACCCGCCUCCCAGGUGACCUGAGACAACAUAGCAGAAAGAAGAAGGAAUCCCCCGCCCACGGAAUCCCGGGAACUUUGGAACAGACAGACCCUGGGAGACUUCGCUCUCUACUUGCCGGCCGUGCCCUGGGGAGAGGAGAUAGAUACAGGGCCAUGGACAAGUCACAGGACCGGGCUGGGAGAGAGUCCACGUCUCUCUCUCCCUUUCUAUCUCUCUCUCUCUCUCUCUCUCUCUCUCUCUCUCUCUCUCUCUCUCUCUCUCUCUCUCUCUCUCUCUUUCUCAUCAGUUUUUUCUCCCUCCUUUCGGUCUGUGAACAGUGAAGCAGGCUGAGGCCCCAGCCCACCCAGAUACCCUGGCUGACGUCAGCACAAUGACCCCUGCACAUUCAUCACAGUGGGGACUGGCCUGGAUGGAGGGAGGGGGCCACUCUCUCUCUGUCCCUCUCUCCAUCGCUCUCUUUUUUACUGCUUUUCUGUUUUCUUCAUUCCUUCGAGCUGAAGCCCAAUGCCAUGAUGCAUUUACUGCUCCUCUGUCAGAGAGAGAGAGAGCUGGACAGCGUCUCUGCCAGGAGGCUGGGAGGCCAUGAAGCAGGCUGCUACAUAACAUUCCAGCACUGUCUGGCAGGGUUAGAGGGUUGGACAUGCUGUGCCUUCAGAGUGGCCUUCCACUGAGAAACCUUACCGCAUGGUGACAGUGACAAUGGCACAAUCCAGCUAGCUACGGCUCCUUUUGGCUAUGCAAGGGUACCGUGUCUACCAGCAACAACCGAGCUCCUUCAUGUGACUCUGUGACACACUCUCCUCUACCAUCCCUUCAUGUGACUCUGUGACACAGUCUCCUGUACCAUCCCUUCAUGUGACUCUGUGACACACCCUCCUGUACCAUCCCUUCAUAUGACUCUGACACGCCCUCCUGUACCAUCCCUUCAUAUGACUCUGACACACCCUCCUGUACCAUCCCUUCAUGUGACUCUGUGACACAGUCUCCUGUACCAUCCCUUCAUGUGACUCUGUGACACACCCUCCUGUACCAUCCCUUCAUGUGACUCUGUGACACACCCUCCUGUACCAUCCCUUCAUGUGACUCUGUGACACACCCUCCUGUACCAUCCCUUCAUGUGACUCUGUGACACACCCUCCUGUACCAUCCCUUCAUGUGACUCUGUGACACACCCUCCUGUACCAUCCCUUUAUGUGACUCUGUGAGACACCCUCCUGUACCAUCCCUUCAUGUGACUCUGUGACACACCCUCCUGUACCAUCCCUUCAUGUGACUCUGUGACACAGUCUCCUAUACCAUCCCUUCAUGUGACUCUGUGACACAGUCUCCUGUACCAUCCCUUCAUGUGACUCUGUGACACAGUCUCCUGUACCAUCCCUUCAUAUGACUCUGACACACCCUCCUGUACCAUCCCUUCAUGUGACUCUGUGACACACCCUCCUGUACCAUCCCUUCAUAUGACUCUGACACACCUUCCUGUACCAUCCCUUCAUGUGACUCUGUGACACACCUUCCUGUACCAUCCCUUCAUGUGACUCUGACACACCCUCCUGUACCAUCCCUUCAUGUGACUCUGUGACACACCCUCCUGUACCAUCCCUUCAUGUGACUCUGUGACACACCCUCCUGUACCAUCCCUUCAUAUGACUCUGUGACACACCCUCCUGUACCAUCCCUUCAUGUGACUCUGUGACACAGUCUCCUGUACCAUCCCUUCAUGUGACUCUGUGACACAGUCUCCUGUACCAUCCCUUCAUGUGACUAUGUAACACACCCUCCUGUACCAUCCCUUCAUGUGACUCUGUGACACAGUCUCCUGUACCAUCCCUUCAUGUGACUCUGUGACACAGUCUCCUGUACCAUCCCUUCAUGUGACUCUGUGACACACCCUCCUGUACCAUCCCUUCAUGUGACUCUGUGACACACUCUCCUGUACCAUCCCUUCAUGUGACACAGUCUCCUGUACCAUCCCUUCAUGUGACUCUGUGACAACACUCUCCUAUACCAUCCCUUCAUGUGACACAGUCUCCUGUACCAUCCCUUCAUGUGACUCUGUGACACACUCUGCUAUACCAUCCCUUCAUGUGACACAGUCUCCUGUACCAUCCCUUCAUGUGACUCUGUGACACAGUCUCCUGUACCAUCCCUUUAUGUGACUCUGUGACACAGUCUCCUGUACCAUCCCUUCAUGUGACUCUGUGACACAGUCUCCUGUACCACCCCUUCAUGUGAGUCUGUGACACAGUCUCCUGUACCAUCCCUUCAUGUGACUCUGUGACACACUCUCCUGUACCAUCCCUUCAUGUGACUGCGCCAGUGCUACUUGGCAUAGCGGAUGUUUGUGGCACCAAAUGCUCUGUCAGUAGCCAGUAGCCACAGCGCUUGCCUGGGCUGGCACUCAUUCCACUUAGCAGUCUUAGAAGACGUGACCUUCGAGAGAUUCACAAGCAGUGUCUCAACGAUUAUAUAACAAGAUAAAAAGUUAGAAGCACGUAGAUUGCCUAUAUAUUUUGCAGACAUUUUCCACAUAAGAUUCUAGAAGUGUAGUGUAUUUUCUUGCUGCGUUAUUAUUAUCAAAUGGAAUCGGAGGCCAAACGAGCUGUCGCCGUCUUCACGGUCCUCUGAAGGGUAUUGGUCCGUUGUUUAAUUUCUCCUCGUUGUUUAAUUUCUCCUAGAGGCCUCUGAGUUGUCGUUGGUCAUGCCAUCCACAGACCUGUUAACAUGUACAGUUCCACACACUGGUUAUUUGACCCAUAUGGUAGCACUGAGUAAGUGAGUGUCUGACCAUCGAGAGUCCCCACAUAUCCUCCUCAUGCAUACGUUACUGUGUCAUACCUACUGGUUGAUCUGAUUGUCUGGUUGGUUGUGGGAGUUGCUGGUCCAACCCAUGUCUCUGGGGAAUCCAUCCCCCGUGUUUUCCCUCGCUGGUUGUGCCGUUGUGUGCAUCUGUGUGUGCGUCUGUGUGUGUGUGUGUGUGUGUGUGUGUGUGUGUGUGUGUGUGUGUGUGUGUGUGUGUGUGUGUGUGUGUGUGUGUGUGUGUGUGUGUGUGUGUGUGUGUGUGUGUGUGUGUGUGUGUGUGUGUUAGUCUGGUGGUCUGUAGACACUGAGUGUACUAAACAUUAAGAACUGCUCUUUCCAUGGCACAGACUGACCAGAGGAAUCCAGGUGAUGUCACUUGUUAAAUCCACUUCAAUCGGUGUAGUUGAAGACAGGUUCAACCUGAUUUUUAAGCAUUGAGACAAUUGAGACAUGGAUUGUGUUUUGUGUGCCAUUCAGAGGGUGAAUGGGCAAGACAAAAAUAUUUAAGUGCCUUUGUACGGGUUAUGGUGUAGGUGUCAGGUGCACCGGUUUGUGUCAAAGACUGUAACGGUGCUGGGUUUUUCACGUGUCUAUCAAGAAUGGUCCACCAGCCAAAGGACAUCCAGCCAACUUGACACAACUGUGGGAAGCAUUGGAGUCGACAUGGACCAGCAUCCCUCCGGAACACUUUGGACACCUUGUAGAGUCCAUGUCUGAUGAAUUGACGCUGUUCUGAGUGCAAACGUGGUGUAACUCAAUAUUAGGAAGGUGUUCUUAAUGUUUGGUAUACCCAGUGUGUACAGAAGUGUGUGUGUGUGUGUGUGUGUGUGUGUGUGUGUGUGUGUGUGUGUGUGUGUGUGUGUGUGUGUGUGUGUGUGUGUGUGUGUGUGUGUGUGUGUGUGUGUGUGUGUGUGUGUGUGUGUGUGUGUGUGUGUGUGUGUGUGUGUGUGUGUGUGUGUGUGCGUGUGUGCCAGUGGCAGUGCCAUGGUGCAUGUACCUUGUUGAGUGAGCAGGACAACGGCCAUCCAGCUCCACAAAACGACCCAUGCUCUCUCAAUCUCUCCCCAACAGAAAGGAUGGCCCACACAGGCAUCAUGUGCUUUCUGAUGUAUCCCUCGAUGAGAUUCUUUGGAAUGUAAUUAUUAGUGUAUGUUUGGCAAACUGUUGUUUAAUAUUUGCUCUGCUCCCAGUUGUACAUUUACAGAAGUGAAAAGGCUAGUAUCCCUGGAGUACAUGUUUUUUUUGCUGGGAAAUUCCCUUUGAUGGUAGAUAAACUGAAUCUCAGCAUAGUAUGAUGAGACUCCUAGUCAAGGAAUGUGUAAUAUACUUGAAGAAUGAGGCAAUGGCAUUUUCUGAACUGUAGUUUGAAUAGUACAAUAAGACCCACUCAUAUCAAUCUCAAAUCAUUUUUCAUUAAAGCAGAAGAUGUUUAAACUUGACAAGAGUUGAUCCCCUUUAACGAUGUCUUAAUACACCUCUUUAAAAAAAUACUACUUCAGUUCCAUUUCUAUUGCAUAGCACACAGCUAGUUUCCCCAGACCUGUGCAUAAAGAGGCUAGUUUUCCUUCCAUCCUCUGU